CUUCAUCAUCACAAUUCACCAUUUUCAACAAUACACAAAUUAUCUUUCUCUCUCUCUCUCUAACUCUUUUUCUCACUCAACAAGAGGAAAAAACAUUCACUCGAAUUGCAGAAAUGGCGGCACUGUCCACAUCACAAAUGAACUUGAACUCAAUUGACAACAGCUUCGAAGUUGACAAACUCACCUACGAAAUCUUCUCCAUCUUGGAGAAUAAAUUCCUCUUCGGUUAUACCGACACUGAAAAUCCAAAGAAUUCGCUUCCAAAUCAAACUCAAUUUCUCUCCAAAGACGCAAAACAAGCUAAACACGCCACCGGCAAAGUCAGGAUUCUUUGCAUUGACGGCGCCGGUUACACCGACGGCAUCCUCGCUGCAAAGUCCCUCGCUCACCUCGAAUCCUGCCUUAAACGAAAAUCAGGCAAUCCUAACGCUCAUGUUGCAGGCUUCUUCGACGCUGUUGCUGGCUCCGGUGUCGGUGGCGUCCUCGCCGCGCUUUUGUUCACACGCGGAAAAGACGGUCUCCCUAUGUUCACUGCAGAUGAGGCGUUGAGGUUCCUGAUCAACAACCGCAGCAGAAUCUCACGGCGAUCGGGGAUUCUCCGACGAGUUCUACAAUCGGAAACAAAAUCGGAGAAGCUUUUCCGUAAGACGUUCGGUGAAUCUACGCUGAAGGAUACACUGAAACCGGUUUUAAUCCCCUGCUACGAUCUCGUCACGCGCGCUCCGUUCGUUUUCUCCCGCGCCGACGCGCUCGAAACCGACGGUUACGAUUACAAGAUGCGUGACGUAUGUGCUGCCACGUCAGCUGAUCCAGCGGUUCCCAUCGAAAUGAAGUCCAUCGACGGAAAAACGAAGAUUAUGGCCGUUGAUGGAGGAAUAGCGAUGAACAAUCCAACGGCUACAGCCGUCACACACGUGCUAAACAACAAACACGAGUUUCCUUUCUGCAACGGCGUCUCUGACUUGUUGGUGCUUUCUCUCGGUAACGGAGAAUUGGACUUUAACGCCGUUAAAUCCCCGUCAGGCUUCGUGAGGAUAGCUGGUGAAGGAGCUUCCGAUAUGGUUGAUCAAGCUGUAUCAAUGGCAUUUGGAGAGUGCAGAGUGAACAAUUAUGUGCGGAUUCAAUCAAAUGGAGUGAUGGCAAACGCGAAUAAGGCGAAGACAGCGAAAACGGCGUCGGAUUUGUUGGCAGUUUCAGAAGAGAUGUUGGCACAGAAGAAUGUGGAAUCUGUAUUGUUUAAAGGAAGAAAGGUUGUGGAGAAUACAAAUUUGGAUAAGUUAGAGUUAUUUGGGGGUGAAUUGAUAAAGGAACAAGAGAGGAGAAAAACUAGCAUUUUACCAACUGUGGUGUUGAAGAAUGCUUCUCCUUCUCCUAGAACUUCAUCAGCUACUACUUUGUCAACGUUGUCUUCAAACUCUUAAGACAUUGAAGAAAAAAAUGGAGGAUUAGAUGGAAGAUAAUUAAAAUUAGAUUUAUUGUGAGGUUGAUUAAUUAAUUUUCGUACAUGUGAGUUAUUGAAACAAGUCUUAAGUCUUGUGGUUUUGGGUUAGCUGCCGCUUAAGAUCGAUUAAGGAAAAUUUGGUCUCAGCAGUGCAGUGACGAAUCCUUAAUACUAUUACUAGUACUACCUACAAUAUAUUCCAUUUUUUUAUUUUGGGUUUUUUUUGGUAUAUAUUACUUGUAUUUUAGUGAUAGUGAAUUGUUGAUAUGGUAUUGUCAAAGGAUGAAUUUUGUACAAGGUUAGAGUUGGGUUGAUUUGUGAGAAUUAGAUUGUAUUUUUCAGUCAAAAUGAAUGAUCUUGUUGUUGUGACGAAA